AUUCUCUACCAAGAUGAAUUUGACUUUGUGUUUUAUCUGAGCUGUAGAGAAAUCCACACCAUCGCUGAAAACAUAAGCCUAGUGGGUCUUUUAUCCAGAGCCUGCAGACUGCAGUGUUCAGAUGAGCUGGUGUCUAUUCUGAAGGAUCGUAGAAGUCAUAGAAAACUUCUCUUUAUAGUUGAUGGUUUUGAUGACCUGAGGUGGACUCUGGAGGAGGAAUCUGAGGUUUGUGUUGACAUUUCUAUGGAAACCCACAAAGAAAAAAUUCUCCAAAGUUUGCUCAGGAAACAGGUUCUCAAACAAUCUUCUCUGAUCAUCACCACAAGGUCACUGUCCAUAAAUAAACUUGGCAUGUUCAUUGAUGAUUCUCGCAAUGUGGAAAUCCAGGGAUUUACAAGGGAAGAGCAAGAAGAAUAUGUCCACAAUUUUUUUGGAAAUAAAGAAGAUGCAGACAAGGUGCUCAGUAUAAUAAAAGACAAUGACGUUUUGUACACCAUGUGUGUUGUCCCCAUCACGUGCUGGAUUAUGUGCACUGUUCUAAAACAAGAAAUAAAAAAAGAUUUGAGUUUAAUUCAAUUUAAAACAAUGACUUCAAUUUACCUUCUCUACCUGGAGGUUUUAAUAACCCAUCACGGCAAGAACGACCAGUCUGUGCACAGGAAACCUCAGGCCAUACACACCUGUCUGGAGAAGCUGUGUUCUCUGGCUAAUGAGGGAGUUUUGAACCAACAAAUCCUGUUUGAGGAUGAAAAUCUAGAAAGACAUGGACUUUCUCUGUCCGAGGUGGAGUCUGUAUUUCUGAAUGAGAACAUCUUUCAUUGGGACCUCCACACCCAGACCUGCUACAGCUUCAUCCACCUGAGUGUACAGGAGUUCCUUGCUGCUCUGUAUUAUGUGCUGGAUGAUGGUUCUGGAAAGGAAGGAGGAUCCUCCGGAAAACCUAUAAAGGGAAAUCACUCCCAGACUAUUUUUUAGAACAUCCAUAUUUAGCUUUAAUUAUACGGUUCCUGUAUGGUCUUUUAAAUGAAAAAGAGGUUAAGGCAUUCACAAAGAGUACAGGUAUCAACAUCUCACUGCAAGCAAGAUCUGCAAUAAAAGAAUGGGCUAUGAAGGACAUUAAUGGGAGAUUCACUACUCCUGAUAUUAUCUGUCUGUAUGAGACUCAGGAUGAGGACUUCAUAAGGAGCAUUUUGUCUUCUUGUUCAGAUUUGAUGGUCAAUGGCUUGUAUAUGGAUUUUUUGAAUAUGGACUGUAGUUUAUUCCAAGCAGCUGGCCUAUUGCUUGAAGACUUUGAAGAGAGAAGGUUUUCAGUAUGUAGAGUUUCGAUAUCUCACAGUGAAUCCUGAAUGCCAAGAAAGUGUAUCCCAGUUUCUACACAAGUGUCAGACAGUUUGGUGAGUACAAAUAUUUCC